GGACUCACCCCUGGCACAGGAAUUUGCUCCUUGGCUGAGGUCUCACUCCCCGUCUGGGGGUCUCACCCCUGGCUGGGCUCUCACCCCUCAGGCAGAGAUGCCACCAGAGCGUUUGCCACGGGCGACUUCACCACGUCGGGGCUGGUGGACGACGUGUCGGCGCUGUCCCCGCAGGAGCUGCUCUCCAUCCAGGGCUGGCUGAGCUUCUACAAUGACAACUACGAGCCCGUGGGGAAGCUGGUGGGGAGGUUCUACGAUGAGAAUGGGGCACCCACAGAAGCCCUGAGGGAGGCUGAGGCUGCCAUUGAGGAAGCUCUGAAAUUCCAAGCAGAAAGUGAGCAGAGGAAGCAGCAGUUCCCACCCUGCAACUCUGAGUGGAGCUCUGCCAAGGGCACCCGCUUCUGGUGCUCCACACAGAGUGGGGGAGUGAGCAGAGCCUGGGCCGGAGUCCCUCGGAAGCUGUACCGCCCUGGCUCCAAGGGGAGUCACUGCGUGUGUGUGAGGAGCACAGGGCCCCCCUGGGGCCACCCACCCUCCUCCCAGCACAGUGACAGGGGGGACCUGGAUGACCCUCACCUGGAGGAGUACGAGGGCUGCCCUGCCCUGGCCGAGCAGUGUGUCCUCACGGGGUGAUUCCAGGGGCUGGAUUCCAGGGCACGGAGAAUCCUGCAGCGGAACAUUACACUGUGGGUGGGCAGCUCCAGCUCCAUCCCUUCCAGCUGUCUGUGCAAAUAACAAUUCCAUGUUAUUUGUGGUACUUUUUAACCUGUGGAGAUGGAGCUGAGGGAGGGGGGGAAACACUUUAGUACAAAAUCAGUAACAGGGUACUUCCUUUGUUCCUGUGGUAUUUUUACAACUGUAAGAUGCACGGCCUGAAUUCUAUUUAAAAACUGCUUUCUUGUGCAGCCAGGAAAUAGAUGUUUGUGUGCACAGUGGUGGGACAUGCUGGGUGUUGAGGCAGUGGGGUCAGUGAGCACAGAACUGCUGCAGCAUCACUGACCUCAGCUCGUGCACCGUCCUCAGGCCAGGCUGCAUUUCUGUGCUGAUGCUCCUUCCCAGGCACCUGAUUUGCUCCAGAGAGUUUAAAGGUAGCAGGGAGAAGCCUGAAUUUCUCCUCCAAUUAGGGUACACAGUAUCUGGGAGCUUGUGCAGUUGGGUUACACACAAGCUUUAUCAAUGUCUUGGAGUACAAAAGGCAAAGGCCAGAGCUGGAUUUCCUUCAGUGUUUGCAUUAGACAUGGGAAGCCACCUAUGAGCACCCUCCUGCUCUGUGAUUCACCACUUUCAAACUGUUCAGAUCAGGAGUGAGUAAGUUUUAAAUAGCUUUUAUUGCCUGUGUGGCAACACAACCAUCCAAUAAUCUGCCUCCUCUUUCCAUUCUGGUCUAUGACAUCCUCCCAUCUGGUGCCCAUCAGACUGAGCUGGAUGUGUCCUCACAAGGCCCAGCUCCCUUAAAAUCCGUGGCAAAAUUCAGUAUUACAAGUGAUUCCCAGAAGACCAGGGCAGGUCAUUGCCAUUUUUCUGCUGAAAAGGACAAAUGAACACCUGCACAGGGCCCAGGCACUAUAAGCCCCAGGCUGCAGGGAAGCAGGUGCUGGUUUUGGUAGAAUCUGCUGUUAAAAUCAGCUCCUGGUGUAGCUGAGCCUUGAGAGACACCCAGAUCAAGAGUCCAGCAAAACACAGUCUCUGCUGAGCUGUGGUCAGUUCUUUUCCUUAGGGCAGCUACCACCUAUUUAUAAGCAGCUGGAAGGUGUUUAUAAAUUCAUUUUUAGCUACUGCCACCUCUAAAGAAAGACCCCAGAUCUAAAUGAUCAGUUAAUUAGCAAGCUUAGAGGAGGCUGGGCAGUAAAUUACUUCAAAGUAACAAUAAUCACUCCCUUGCUGGAGGACUUUUACAUCACUUUUCACUGAUAAAGUUCAGAUGCUACAGCUGCCAUGGAUGGAGCCACAGGGCAACUUAAACGUGUAAAUGCUGGUUGUAAUAGAGAUUUAGGGGGAGUUGUGGGGGUUUUAACCUAAUCCUGGUGUGUUUCUUUUCCACCAUCACCUUGAGAAGCCCCCCAAGGCACUUCAGGCAGCUGUUCCCAGUGACAGGGGGAGUGGGACAUGUGGGGCAGAACUGAACCAGCUCUGGGGGUGGAACUGCUCCUUUCACACAACACUCCUGAGGAUGAAGCUGAGUGAGAGGUGCAGGAGAGAGCUGCAAAGCUUCACUGCCUCCAGGACCUUGUGGGCAGGGGAAGUGCCAGCAUGGCCUUUGCUUUUAGACAGCACCUGUUUAAAUGCAUUUUCUUGUUAAAGUGGUGAAACCAUCCCCCAAGAUGAUUGGAAUACCUUUAAAGGAACUUUCUAAAGCUAUUUAAACGUUGCAGCAAAUUCCAUAUUAUUAAAUAGUGUAAGAAGUAGUUUGUGAGGGCAAGUCAGGCCUAGUGAAGGUGGACCAGCUCUAACUUCUAAGCAAGUUUGAUCUUGCUGUAACACUCCAUCACUACACCAACAGUGCUGAGGGGAUGGUUUUGAUUGCAGGAGCUACACCAAAAUCAAACUCCUGCAGGAAGGCAGGGCAGGAGGAUUUUGCUCUAAGUUAAAGUUGGUUGAAAACCAGUUCAGUUUAUUUCUCAGUUUAGUGUUUGGAAUCACCGGGGGGGAAAGUUUGUCUUGCACUGGGAAUAAGUCACCUAUUAAAGCAAACAGGGAGACACCCUCACUGACCUGAAGUGCUCCAGGAGUGUCGUGCUUGGACUUCCAUUGAGCAGCUCACCUGGAUUCUCCCAUGGCGGAAAAGGGUGGGAAGAAAAGAGCAAUAGAGAGAGGACAAGUCACCACAGUGUUCUAAUAAAGCUCACCAUCCAUCUGGACUUUAGUAAGUUUUAUUAAUAAAAGCCUAAUGCACCACAGUGGCACCCCGGGGGCCUGGCUGGCUUUGCUGUUGCAGUGGGGUUUUCCUGCUCCUGAAGUGAAGCUGCAGCAGCUCUGUGCCCUCCCAGGGGCUGGGCUGCCCCCCAGGACACAGCUGAGUGCACCAAGUGUCUGCCACUUGAACUGAUUCACUCCAGGAACCAGCUCCGGCCUGGGGGGAGCUGGAUUGUUUCACUGAUUACACAUAAGUCUGGUAUGAGGCAUUCACAUAGGUACAAACUACAGAUCUUGUCAGCCAAAAGAAAGUGUAGCAGUUCCACGUGAAAAUGA